AUGCACCUGUCCCUCACCUCGGUGGCGGCUUUUGCCGUUGUCAUUGCUUCACUCUACUUUGCAAUCCCAUUGAUCCUUGCCGAAGUCUUCCCGUGGAAGCUGCUUUGGGCCCAGCGAAAUGCCCGAACAACAGUGAAAGCUAGUUCAUACAGCGGCAAGACUGUUCUCAUCACAGGAGCAAAUGGCGCCUACGGAUCUAGAGCCGCAAGGAAUUUUGCUGAGCGAGACGUGGAAACAUUGGUCCUGGUCGAUGCUAGGGACUGCACCGAAUUAAAGGAAAAGCUCGAGGCAGAAUUGAAGUCGCAAGGGAAACAAGCCCCCAAUAUCUUGGUCUGGCAGGUCAACAUGAUGACUUUUGAUGGAUGCAAGCAAUUGAGAGAAAAGGCUCAAUCCCUGCCCUACAUUGACCACGUCUUGUCAACAAUGGGUAUUCUCUCUUUCGACCGGAAGGAGUCGCCGGAAGGAUGGGAAACCUCCAUUCAGGUCAACUACCUUUCCAAUGCUCUCCUGGGACUGCUUCUUCUCCCGCUACUCAAGUCAUCUCCAUCCAACCCAAACCCACCAGUCUUGACAUAUGUUUCCUCAUUCGGCGUCUACCCCUCAUGGCCCACAAUGUGGUCCUUCCCGAAGUCUGGAUCCUUCCUGAAAUUCCUCAGCAACAAUCAGAAUGGCAUGGCGCAGAAGAACCAAUACGGUCGCUCGAAGACCUUGCUCGUCUACUUCAUGCGCGAGCUAGCCGCAAAGCUUUCGAAGACCGAAGGACUUGCCCAAAUCACUGUGAACUGUACAGAUCCUGGAACCGCUUGGACUCCACUCUCCAAUAUCAACAGAGACAUGUUCAUCACCAGAGUCAUCACAGACUUUGGCGCCAGAGAUACUCAGUAUGGUGCAAAUACGCUAACCAAUGGCGUGUCUGAGGGUCCUGAGAGCCAUGGCAAGAUUGUGAUGGAUUUUGGAUAUGGAAGCUUUCCCCCAUGGAUGUUGAGACCGAAUGGAAAAGCACAACAGGAGAGAGUGUGGCAAGAGACCAAAGAAGAGUUCGUGGCCAAAGUACCUGAAGUCAUGGCUGUGUAUGAGAUGUUGGAUGGCAAGUGA